AUGCCCACUGCAACCCCUUGGGAGUGCAAUUCAGCCCUGAAACAUGUUCAGUUGCCCCAAAAAUAUGGAAAGCUGACUACUUGUACUGGCUGCCGAACACAGUGCAGAUUUUUUGAUAUGACUCAAUGUAUAGGUCCUAAUGGAUAUAUGGAGCCAUAUUGUUCAACUGCUUGCAUGAACAGUCACAAGACAAAAUAUGCAAAAUCACAAAGUUUGGGAAUUAUUUGCCAUUUUUGUAAGCGAAACUCUUUACCUCAAUACCAAGCCACAAUGCCUGAUGGAAAACUGUAUAACUUUUGCAAUUCCAGCUGUGUGGCAAAAUUUCAGGCUCUCAGUAUGCAGUCAUCUCCAAAUGGCCAGUUUGUGCCUCCAAGUGACAUUCAGUUGAAAUGCAAUUAUUGCAAAAAUUCCUUUUGUUCAAAGCCAGAAAUCCUGGAAUGGGAGAACAAAGUGCAUCAAUUCUGCAGCAAAACUUGCUCAGAUGACUAUAAGAAGUUGCACUGCAUUGUAACGUACUGUGAAUACUGCCAAGAGGAGAAGACACUUCAUGAAACAGUAAAUUUCUCUGGUGUUAAGAGACCUUUCUGUAGUGAAGGUUGCAAACUAUUGUAUAAGCAGGAUUUUGCAAGACGUUUAGGAUUGAGAUGUGUUACGUGCAACUAUUGCUCCCAGCUCUGUAAGAAGGGAGCAACAAAAGAACUUGAUGGUGUUGUGAGAGAUUUCUGCAGUGAAGAAUGCUGUAAAAAAUUUCAGGAUUGGUACUAUAAGGCUGCAAGAUGUGACUGUUGUAAAUCUCAAGGAACACUUAAGGAGCGAGUGCAGUGGCGUGGAGAAAUGAAACAUUUCUGUGAUCAGCAUUGCUUGUUACGUUUCUACUGUCAGCAAAAUGAACCCAACAUGACCACUCAGAAAGGACCAGAAAAUUUACACUAUGAUCAAGGUUGUCAAACAUCCCGAACCAAAAUGACAGGUUCAGCACCACCCCCUUCUCCAACACCCAACAAAGAGAUGAAGAACAAAGCUGUUCUUUGCAAACCUUUAACAAUGACAAAAGCUACUUACUGUAAACCUCACAUGCAGACGAAAUCUUGUCAAACAGACAUUACCUUGCAAAUAGAGCAUAUUAUUCUUAAGAUUGUAUAUAUGGUGAACCAAUAUUCUGAUAAAGUCUUAAAGUAUGAUAAUUGGAAGACAGAAUAUGUUCCAGUGCCUAUUCCUGUACCUGUGUAUAUCCCAGUACCUAUGCACAUGUACAGUCAGAAUAUUCCUGUUCCUACCACAGUUCCUGUUCCUGUUCCAGUUCCUGUUUUUUUGCCUGCCCCAUUGGAGAGCAGUGAGAAGAUUCCUGCAGCAGUAGAGGAGAUAAAAAACAAAGUAUCGUCAGAUUCUCUUGAUACGGAGUUGCUCACAAUGACAGAUAUAAUGACUGAAGAGGAGGGAAAACCAGAAGCUACCAGCAUCAACAGUGUAAUUAUUGAAGCAGAUAUCAUUGGAACUGAUAUCUUGAAGAACUCUGAUACAGAGACACAGUCUAGUAUGCCAGAUGUACCAUAUGAACCAGAUUUGGAUAUUGAAAUCGAUUUUCCCAGAGCGGCUGAGGAGCUUGAUAUGGAAAAUGAAUUUUUGUUACCACCUGUAUUUGGAGAAGAAUAUGAGGAACAGCCUAGACCUCGAUCUAAAAAAAAGGGAACAAAAAGAAAAGCUGUGUCAGGAUACCAGUCUCACGAUGAUAGUUCGGACAAUUCAGAAUGCAGUUUUCCUUUCAAAUACACAUAUGGUGUAAAUGCAUGGAAACACUGGGUCAAAACUCGGCAACUUGAUGAAGAUCUUCUGGUAUUAGAUGAGCUAAAAUCUCGAGCUCAAUGCCCCUCGCCAUCUGCUCACUCUUCAUCUGAAAAGGAUGCUGACCUGGGAGUAGGAGACAGCAGAGGUGGCACAAAAGGAAGCCCUGCCAGGAGGGAGUGCCCUCAGCAGGCCAGCGACCAUCCACACUGGCAGCCGUGCACUUGGGAUCUCCCCAAGCGUCUUCACAAAGAAUCUCCUACUGUUGCAUAUGUUCCUCUUGCUGAGAGGGGUGGCUGUAAAGUCAUUUCCUUUGUCCUGUAA